AUGCCCCCUGUAACAAAUUUUACAUCGGGGAAACAGAGGGCUUUUAAAAUAAGAUUUUUGGAGCAUUUAAGAGACAUCAAAAAUGGUAAAGAAGACAGCCCAGUUGCAGCACAUUUUCUAGAAGCACAUGAUAAAUGUAAUGAGGGCUUGAAAGGAACUAUUUUAGAACAAGUUUGUGUUUCUAUGUUCAGUGAUAUUGAUGUUAAAACUAGCCCUGAUGGUCAACCAGCACUACUUCCCCCUGAACAUGUGCAGGAGUUGAAUCUGAGAUCUACAGGCAUGCUGAAUGCUAUCCAGAGAUUUUUUGCUUAUCACAUGAUAGAGACUUAUGGGUGUGAUUAUUCUACAAGUGGACUUUCUUUUGACACAGUCCAAACAAAGCUGAAGAGUUUUAUGGAACUACGGACAGUGGAUGGACCCAGACAUGAUACAUAUAUCCUGUAUUAUAGUGGCCAUUCUCACAGUUCUGGAGAGUGGGCUUUGGCAGGGGGAGAUACUCUGCGACUGGAAACUGUGCUAGACUGGUGGAUGGAAAAGAAUAGCUCUUUCUGUUCUCGUUUGUUAAUUGUUUUGGACUGUGAACAUCCCAUGUCAUGGGUCAAAGAAGUGCGAAAAGUCAGUAAUCAAUACAUUGCUGUCCAAGGGGCAGAGAUGGCUAAGUUUGUAGAUGUUGAAGAAACUGAUCCACCUCAGUUGGGAGAUUUCACUAAAGAAUGGGUCGAAUACAACUGUAAUCCAGACCAUAACAUCAGCUGGUCUGAAAAAGGGCGUACUGUGAGGGCUGUUUAUGGUGUCUCAAAAUGCUGGAGUGACUACUCUCUUCAUUUGCCAACAGAAAGUGAUGUUGCCAAACACUGGGUCACUUAUUUCCCACGUGUCACAUAUCCUGUGGUACACUUGGCAAACUGGUGUGGAGGUCUUAAUUUAUUCUGGAUGUGUAAGGUUUGUUUUAAGUGUUUUCGAAGAUUUAAAAUGAGUUGGUUCCCUCCAGCAGUGCUAGAUACAGGACAUGGAUUCAAACUUGUGAGAUCCUAAACAGCACGCAACAAACAUUGAAACGAAAUGCCAAAGCAGGUGAAAUGCAUCUCACAGUUCUGAACAAUGUGUGUUCUUUACACUUUUUAAAAUAAAAUGACAGUACUCCUCUGGGAACUAGUUAAUGCAGUAGCUAAACUUUUUGCACUGUUUUGGGGUAAAAAUAAAAAGGUAUUCUAAGGUUUUAAGUAAGUGUACAAUUAUGUUGCAGAAACUGUUAUUCACUUGUAUAGAUAUGAGUGCAAUGAAAAAAGUACUUCUUGGAAGCAUUUAGUACAGUUUUUAUCCCCUCACUGAUGCAUUUAUCCCACUGUAAAACUGUUACAUUAUGAAGAUUGUGAAUAUGGAAAAAACUUUGAUGAUAAAAAAGUGUCCUUUUAAAGAAGCAGCAUAAUAUUUUUCAGUAAUGUAUUUAAGUACUAUACAUUUAACAGCAAAAGUUGAAAACCUUUUGAGGAAACAUUUUGUAAAUGUCUUACGAACAGUAAAGAUUGUAAUGUAUUGACUAAA